CUUUUUUCUGGUUUGUGUUUUAGACUACGGUGUCAGUUUUUACAACUAUGCCGGAACCAGCGAAGUCCGCUCCAGCCCCGAAAAAGGGCUCUAAGAAGGCGGUGACCAAGGCGCAGAAGAAGGACGGCAAGAAGCGCAAACGCAGCCGCAAGGAGAGCUACUCCGUGUACGUGUACAAGGUGCUGAAGCAGGUCCACCCGGACACCGGCAUCUCGUCCAAGGCCAUGGGCAUCAUGAACUCUUUCGUCAACGACAUUUUCGAGCGCAUUGCCGGCGAGGCAUCGCGUUUGGCGCAUUACAACAAGCGCUCGACUAUCACAUCCAGGGAGAUCCAGACGGCCGUGCGCCUGCUGCUGCCCGGGGAGCUGGCCAAACACGCGGUGUCUGAGGGCACCAAGGCCGUCACCAAGUACACCAGCGCCAAGUAAAGUUGUCCAUCCAUCGCUCUUAGACCCACCACAAAGGCUCUUUUAAGAGCCACUAAGUUGUCAAUGUAAAAGGACUGUAAA